UAUAUCCACAAGACUAGAUCUCUCUCUCUUUCUUACAUAUUCACAUCACCGAUGAUGCCUCGCCGUGACGUUCUCUUCCUCUCACUCCUCCUAGUUGUCGCCACCAUCUCUGCCGUCGCAUUCGCCGAGGAUGAAGCAGAUUGUGUAUACACAUUCUACGUCAGAACCGGAUCAACCUUCAAAGCCGGUACAGACUCGAUCAUAAGCGCUAGAGUCUACGACAAAUACGGAGACUACAUUGGGAUCAGAAACCUAGAAGCAUGGGGUGGUUUAAUGGGACCAGGUUACAACUACUACGAGAGGGGUAAUCUCGACAUCUUCAGUGGCAAAGCACCGUGUCUCCCGAGCCCAGUCUGUUCCUUGAACCUUACCUCUGACGGCUCCGGUGACCACCACGGCUGGUAUGCUAACUACGUGGAAGUCACGACGGCCGGAGUUCACGCUAAGUGCUCGUACCAAAGCUUCGAUGUUGAGCAAUGGCUUGCGACCGAUGUGUCACCCUAUGAGCUCUCUGCUGUUAGAAACAACUGCCCUAAGGUUUCACUUAGGGAAAGUGUCGGUCGGGUCGGGUCUGAGAUCCGGAAGACUCUCUCUUGGAUUGUCUGAGAUUUGUACACUUUGUAACCUGGAGACUUGUUCUUUGUCGUCUUUUGAACGUGUGAUGGAAAUAAUGAAAAAUGAUUCGAUCGAAUAAAAGUUCUGUU